AUGACUGAUAACGACACUGAUGAUGGCUCUGAUGACUCUGACUCUGAUGAUGACUCUGAUGAUGGCUCUGAUGACUCAGACUCUGAUGAUGACUCUGAUGAUGACUCUGAUGACUCUGACUCUGAUGAUGACUCUGAUGAUGACUCUGAUGAUGGCUCUGAUGAUGGCUCUGAUGAUGACUCUGAUGACUCUGAUGAUGACUCUGAUGAUGACUCUGAUGACUCUGACUCUGAUUAUGACUCUGAUGAUGACUAUGAUGAUGACUCUGAUGAUGACUCUGAUGAUGACUCUGAUGAUGACUCUGACUCGGAUGAUACGAGACGAGGGUACAACGGCAUUCAGGGAUCUGUAGGCCAUGAAAACUCUGGCACAUGCCCGCCAGAAGUUAGAGAAAGUCCAGAGGCACAAAAUUAUGAAUAUUUCAACUUAAAACAUCUUCUCUCAAUUCAAAAUUGCCAUUACAGCCAAAGUCAUGGAUUUCUCAGUGUGAUAGGGUACUGGCCAUGA